AUGCUAGCAACUCUGCACCGUGUGUUAAAGUUAGAUAACCCUUUUGAAGCCUGCAUAUGGGCUGUUGCAGCAUGCGCUUUCUGGGGUUGCAUGCGCUUCGGCGAGGUGACAGUAAAAACAAGAACAGCCUUCUCCGAACGGCUUCACCUGAAGCGAAGUGAUGCUUUCUUUGGGUACGACUUGGAUAACAAGCCUUAUGCACGCCUGGACCUACCAUCUGCUAAGACAGCAAAACCAGGGGAAAUACAACAUGUUUUCCUUGCACCGCAAAAUUCUCUAUGUGCCCUGCAAGCAUUGCAGAACCUUUUCCGAGUAGUUCCAGCUACAAGCCGUGAUCCCCUGUUUUCCUGGCGUGACAAGCAAGGAGUCAUCAGACCAAUGGUCCGCGACGUAGCGCUAUCAUUCAUCAAUUCUAUCUUUCGCGCGUCAGGAUGGGGCACUACCUUCGGCCAUUCCUUUCGCAUUGGCGGUGCUUCUUUUUAUCUUUCCCAGAAGGUCGAUCCAGAGAUUGUCCGUCUCAUAGGAAGGUGGCGAUCACUCGCAUAUGAAACUUACAUCCGAGCCUUUGAACAGGUAAACUCACGACACACAGCCAACCUCGCUGGUAAUUAUGGUUACUAA